CCCGGCCCCCAUCCCUGCCGCGCAGGCCUGGGUGGACCUCUGUCCACUUCUGCUUUCGCUGGCUCUCGGCGGCUUCGGCCUGGAGUGCCACCUCGGUUCCCGCGCCGCCAGCGGUGCACAAGCCCUGAUGCCGGGCGCACGCCUGCUCGCUGCACCGCACUCCAGGGAGGCUGGAGUUUAAUCACACAAACAGUGUCCGGCUUCCUGUCCUCGUCCGCCCCCCUCCCACCCGUUUCCCUGGCCCCUCCCUCUCCUCGGCCCGAUCCUCCCACCCGCUCCCCCUCCCCCGAUCCCUCGGGUCCCGGGAUGGGGGGGCGGUGAGGCAGGCACAGCCCCCCGCCCCCAUGGCCGCCCGUCGGAGCCAGCGGCGGAGGGGGCGCCGGGGGGAGCCGGGCACCGCCCUGUUGGUCCCGCUUGUGCUGAGCCUGGGCCUGGCGCUGGCCUGCCUUGGCCUCCUGCUGGCCGUAGUCAGCCUGGGGAGCCGGGCAUCGCUGUCUGCCCAGCAGGAGCUUUCCCAGGGGGAGCUGGCAGCAGAGGACGACCAGGAGCCCCUGGAAUCUAAUCCCCAGACAGAGGAAAGCCAGGAUGUGGUGCCUUUCUUGGGCCGACUGGUACGGUCUCGCAGAAAUGCCCCUAAAGGCCGGAAAACACGGGCUCGCAAAGCAAUUGCAGCCCAUUAUGAAGUUCAUCCACGGCCAGGACAGGAUGGAGCGCAGGCAGGUGUGGAUGGAACGGUAAGUGGCUGGGAGGAGGCCAAAAUCAACAGCUCCAGCCCCCUACGCUAUGACCGCCAGAUUGGGGAGUUUACAGUCACCAGGGCUGGGCUCUACUACCUGUACUGUCAGGUGCACUUUGAUGAGGGGAAGGCUGUCUACCUGAAGCUGGACUUGCUUGUGGAUGAUGUGCUGGCCCUGCGCUGCCUGGAAGAAUUCUCAGCCACUGCAGCAAGCUCCCCUGGGCCCCAGCUUCGACUCUGCCAGGUGUCUGGGUUGUUGCCCCUAAGGCCAGGAUCUUCUCUGCGGAUCCGUACCCUCCCCUGGGCCCAUCUCAAGGUUGCACCCUUCCUUACCUACUUUGGACUUUUUCAAGUUCACUGAGGGGUCCUGGUCUCCCACAUUUCCUAAGUUUACCUAAAUAGUUCUCAGAGCAUCCACAACCCCUCAGCCCUACCCUAGGCUGCUCCUUGCUCCAGUCUGCCUCCAAAGACAGCCAGGGCUUGUUCACACGCUUUCCAUCCCACAUAAAUAUGCCUGUUCUCCUCUUAUACCUCCCCCAACUAUCCAUCUCACUAGCUCCCAAAGCCCCCACUUAUCCCUUGACUCCUCAGGCCCCAAACCUCCACGACACUGUGUUUACUAUGUGCUUCAGGCACUGAGAGGGGCUGGACCUGGUGGCAGGAAGCCAAAGAGCCUGAAACUAGACCAGGAGUUCCCAAAUGUGAGGGGUAAGAGUCCGAUACAAGCUCCUCCCUGGAUGAUUCCCUGUGGAUUUUGAAAACAGAUAUUAUUUUUAUUAUUAUUGUAACAAAAUGUUAAGUGGAUAUUAAAGAGAAUAAACCAU